CUGCGCGCGCAGCAGCUCAAGGAGCGAAUGGCUCAGCAGUUCCAACGCGCAGCUGCAAAGGAAGCAGCAGCAGACAAAGCCACUGGGCUGGGCGGCGAGUGGGAGCGGUUCGGAUUUGAUUCUGCCGCCCCGCUGGAGGAGGAGAGGGAUGCAGAUGCUGACGUGGAUGAUGCAGAUCCGACGGCUGGGAUGGGCAGUGCUGGUGCGCUGGGAGGUGCAGACGAUCUUGCUCAUCUGGAUCAAAUAAAAUCCUCCUUCGUCUUCUCCUCCUUCUCAGUACGUGCUACCUGCUCUUCCCAACGAGAAGCACACGAAAAUGCUAUCUUCGGAGCUGCGACUACUGCAGCCAGUGAGAAGCUGCCACGUGGACAGUCCAGCAAGGCGUCAGAUCCCAGCAGAAAUGACGGUCAGCAUGCUGACAAUGCUCGCCGGUCAAGUGACCAGGGAUGGGAGGAGAGAGCGCGGGAGAGAGGGGAGGAGAGGAGGAGCGAGAAUCGAAGGGAGGGGAGGCAAGACACAGAGAGGGAUGAGAGGAGGGAUGAGAGGUGGGAUGAGAGGAGGGAUGAGAGGAGGGAUGAGAGGAGGGAUGACAGACGUGGCGAAGGAAGAGGAAAUGUUGAGGAGUGGUUGCGAGAGGGGACAAGAGACAGGAGGGAGGGGAGAGAUGGGGGAAAGGGAAGGGAGGGGAGGGAGGGAGGUCGAGGUAGUGAUGAGAGGAAGGAGAAGGAGAAGCGAGGGCAAGGUGGGGAGCAAGCAGAGCAGCAAACAAGAGCAGCAAGCUCGGGUGGUGUGUCUGCAACAGCAGCAGUGGGAACCAAGUUUUCCCUGUCUGGAAGGAAGGGCGGAAGCAGCAGUAGUGCUGCUGGCGCCGCUGCCCCUGAUGCGUUCACUGCAGCGGUGGCGGCAGCACUGGGAGUGGAGGAAGAGGAUGACGAGGAGAGUGUGCCGGUCAUUGUGGGGCUGGUGGUUGACACACGCCCUGCUGGUGAAGGCACACGCAAUGCUGCUUCUGACACACUCCAGCCACACGCGCAAGCAGUGCAGGAUGAGGUUGCUGGUGUGCCAGCUGGCAUGUCGCCAUUGGUGGAGGGGGGGUUGGCUGAUGAGGUGGCAGGAGCAGGAGAGAUGACGGGCGGGGCGGCUUCGGCAUGCAAUGGGCAGCAGCAGGUGUGUUGA